CAAAGUAGUGCAGCAGCAGAGAGCAGCAGGUAAACGGAGACAGUCACCUACCGGACACACACCACCCUCCCGUUCUUCAAAACACAGGGAGGAAAUGCUUCUUUCUUUGGGUUUGACAUAAAAUACAACCUCCGGGGAGCCAGUACAAGAUUAAAAUGGCCCCAAAUUCCAUCCACUGGUUCCGUAAGGGCCUCCGUCUCCAUGACAACCCAGCACUACAGGAGGCAGUCAGAGGAGCAGGCACAGUGCGCUGUGUUUACUUCCUGGACCCUUGGUUUGCAGGCUCGUCCAAUGUCGGAGUCAACAGGUGGAGGUUUCUCCUUCAGUGUUUGGAGGAUCUAGACGCCAACCUUCGGAAGCUCAACUCCCGCCUUUUUGUCAUCAGGGGCCAACCAGCCAACGUGUUCCCGCGGCUCUUUAAGGAGUGGAAGAUCUCUCGCCUGACCUUUGAGUAUGACUCAGAGCCUUUUGGGAAGGAGAGAGACGCUGCCAUCAAGAAGCUGGCCAUGGAGGCAGGAGUGGAGGUCAUCGUCAAGAUAUCACACACCCUCUACGACCUGGACAAGAUCAUCGAGCUGAAUGGCGGGCAGCCUCCUCUCACCUACAAGCGUUUCCAGACUCUCAUCAGUCGACUGGAUCCUCCUGAGAUGCCUGUGGAGACGCUCUCAGACACCCUGAUGGGUCGCUGUGUCACCCCCAUCUCUGAGGACCAUGGAGACAAGUACGGGGUCCCGUCCCUGGAGGAGCUGGGCUUUGACACUGAGGGCCUGCCUACAGCCGUGUGGCCGGGAGGAGAGACCGAGGCGCUGACCAGGAUAGAGCGCCAUCUGGAGAGGAAGGCGUGGGUGGCUAACUUUGAGCGUCCUAGGAUGAAUGCCAACUCGCUGCUGGCCAGCCCAACAGGCCUCAGCCCGUAUCUGCGAUUCGGCUGCCUCUCCUGUCGCCUUUUCUACUUCAAGCUCACUGACCUCUACCGCAAGGUGAAAAAGAACAGCUCUCCUCCACUCUCCCUGUACGGCCAAUUACUGUGGCGGGAGUUCUUCUACACCACGGCGACCAACAACCCACGCUUCGACAAGAUGGAGGGCAACCCCAUCUGCGUCCGCAUCCCCUGGGACAAAAAUCCCGAAGCACUUGCCAAGUGGGCCGAGGCGAAGACGGGUUUUCCCUGGAUAGACGCCAUCAUGACUCAGCUGAGGCAGGAGGGCUGGAUCCAUCACCUGGCCAGGCACGCGGUGGCGUGCUUCCUCACUCGGGGCGACCUGUGGAUCAGCUGGGAGGAAGGGAUGAAGGUCUUUGAGGAGCUGCUUCUGGACGCAGACUGGAGCGUGAACGCAGGCAGCUGGAUGUGGCUGUCCUGUAGUUCAUUUUUCCAGCAGUUUUUCCACUGCUACUGCCCCGUGGGCUUUGGCAGACGCACCGACCCCAACGGGGACUUCAUUAGACGUUACUUACCUGUCCUCCGAGGUUUCCCUGCUAAGUACAUCUACGACCCGUGGAACGCUCCGGAGUCGGUGCAGGCAGCCGCCAAGUGCAUCAUCGGCGUCCAUUACCCGAAGCCCAUGGUGCACCACGCAGAGGCAAGCCGGCUCAACAUCGAGAGGAUGAAGCAGAUCUACCAGCAACUUAGCCGAUACAGGGGAUUGGGCCUGCUGGCAUCAGUGCCGUCCACCAAUGGGAAUGGGAACGGAGGAAUGAUGGCCUACUCUCCCGGAGAGCAGCAGCCAGGGACCAACAGCAACUCACACUUGCCUGGAGUGUCGGGGAGCUCCGUUGCAACAGGUAAUGGCAGCGGGAGCAUCUUACUCAACUUUGAUAAUGAAGAACAACAGCAACAGCGACUGCAGCCGCACCCACAACAACAGCAGCAGCAGCAGCAGCAACAGCAGCAUGGAUACCACUCAGUGCCAGAAGCCAGCCAGACCAUCACCAGCAGCCGACUCUACCACGAGUUUGCUGUGCCUCAACACCCAGGACUCCUCCUGCACACCAGAGGAGGCAUCACAGGAAAGCGGGAGCGCGAGUCGGAACGAGACGGGUCGGGGGAGAAAGACCCGGCGUCCUGCUCCAUGCACAAGAUGCAGAGGCAGAGUACAGAGACCACCUAAAGCAGGCGGUGAUGAGACUGUCUGGAUCCACAUUAGAGUCACCAUCCGGCCAGCGGAGAAAGGAAAUCCCAACGUCGCCACCUGUCCUCCAAACACGCAGACAUGACUGCCUCCUCCUCACACACAGUGCAUCGAACACUGCUGUCUGUCUUUACGGUCAGAAAUCCCCCCCGGGGUGCAAACAUGAAGGUGAAAAUGUGAUUUCUGACACGGUCUGUAAAAGGGCUUUUUCGUCAUAGAGUCCACUGACCUCUGAUCUCGUGCAGUUGUGUACAGACAGGUGCGACGACCACAGAGGAAUGUGCAAAGAAACAAAACGCCUCAAACUUACAGCUCGACAUAUUAUUUGUAAAAAUAAUUAAAUACAUUAAAAAACACGUUAUUGUCUUAAAACCGCUGCCACCAGCCAGUAUAUACUGUGUGAACUCUGAAGCAGCUAUAAAUGUAAGUAACGGAAUAUUUAAUCUUUUUACAGCUGCAAGGUCAUCAGUCACUUUGUCUGCUCUUGCACACACUGAUGUGAAACCAAGUAUUUCAGGGUUUACAGAGAGUUUUUUGUACUUUUACUACAGCUUUGUAGUACGUACAUCCUGACACAGGGCUGGGCGAUAUGGAGAAAAUCAAAUAUCACGACCCAAUACCUCCAUAUUGUGACAAUAUUGUAGAGUUGACUAUUGGUGCUUUGACAAAAUAUUACAAAAUGAGAUAUUUUUUUUAUAAAAAAAAAUGUGGAUAUAAUAACUUAGGGCUCAUUUAUUCUCCCAGAUCAAAAUAGAUAGAUCUGUUUCAAACAUUGUAAAUGUCACUGCCCCUUUACGUCUGUAUGUCCUUUAUGUUGGCAUAGAUACAGCCAACAGGUGGCACUAGAGGGCAGGAGUCAGAAGUUUCAGACGGCAACAAACAAGAGGAAGUUGUUAUCAUGUGCCUUUUAACAGAGGCAUCAUUGUAGACACAUUGUUGUAAAUACAUCAUGACAUGUGGACGGAAAAUUCUUUUGACUAUAUCACCAAUUUGUUUUUAAAUGUCUUUGUCGCCUCCUACGGUCGCAUCUCAUUUAAACAACGCUACACUGCCAUCUCUAGUGGUACUGCUUCGUUUCAACCGUACCCAUAAGCUUUAAGACAGCAUGAACACAGAGUACAGACGGAAGGCUCCAUCCGUGUCCCUAUACGUAUGUAACGUUGAGCAUAAAUGAGCCCUGAGUAAAAGCAGGAAAUGACAUCACUUUGCUGUAUUGCAGCCUUUAAACCAGGAAAAGACAACACUCAAAGAUAUCCAGAAUCUAAGACGAUAUCUAGUCUCAUAUCACGAUAUUGAUAUACUUUUGAUAUAUUGCUCAGCCCGACCCUGAUGUGCUACAUCCCAUAGAGCUCACCAGGAGCACAGCGUCACCUCCACACAUGCCGACACGUCUGUGUCACUCCAGGAAUAUUUUUGGUCACAAAUAACAUUGUUUAUACUCAUAUUUAAUGUUUAUCUUUCUCAUGUUUUGAAAUGGCUUUUCCCAGAAAUACGUAGCCAUCCCAUAAUGAAGGACAGGGGUUUUAAACUGUAUUUAAACUGUUAAGUCUGGGAAAAUGACGUAAGAGUACAUGUGUAGUCACAGUAACAGCCUGAAAUGUCAUUUCAUAGACUCUUUGAGGAAUAUUAGUAAUUUAAUAACAGAGUGUCUAUUUGCACCCAGGUGAGAAAAGUCACACUGCAGCUAUUUGGCUAUUUACACCCGUCCCUAUGACACAUGUUGAUGGAUCCUACUGCGUGCUGUGACUGGCCAGUACCCGUCGAGGUUGGAAACGGUUAGAGCAAAGAGGUUAUGGUUAGUGCGAGUACUAACCAAUCUUGGAUAUUCUCUGAGAAAGUGUAAAUGUACCUGAGGGUCAGGUGAUGUAAUAUAAAGAGCAACACAAUCCAUAGAGGGAGUAAGAGGUGGUGCAUGAAUGGGUCAAGCACAGGACUUUCACACACGAGACUGGGCUUCGAGCUUUGUGUUAGUAGACAUUAUUUUUAGACUUAGCUUACUUAUUAUUUUCCGUGUUUAGGAUGUAUAAAGCUGCUGAUUGCACACUGUGUACAUACACUUUAGCAGAAUAGCUGACCAGCUUGUAUAUAUGUCAUAUUUUGACGCUGCUUGACCGUCCAGGAAUACACACCCGCGUGUAAAUAGCAUUGUUGGCUACAAACACCUUGGUGCUAAUAGCAUCUGCCAAUUAAAACUUAGUAUUCAGUAGAGUGAUUGCUCAGCUUCUGUGUCAUGAGUUUGCAUGUCGGGUUCUUCAGGCGCUUGAGGUCCAGCUGGUGAGUUAGCGUGACAUGCUUUAGCACCAAUGCGACAAUUCACAGGUAAUUCUAUGGGAACAUCCACUGCUGCCUGGUUAGCACGUGUGAUCACUUGAUUCGUAUCGGCAGCUAAAAACAAGGACACGUAUGUCGUUUUUUUCCCCAGGCGGUAUUUAAAGACGUUGAGCGCGUGCAUCUCAAGGAUAUCAAGGAUAACAAAAAACAUGUUUACAGUGUGUCGCUGUAGAUUAGCUAGGAGACUUUUUGUCGUCUCACUCUGGCUGCAAAAAUGCCUUUAGAGCGUGGCAUUAUGGGUACAAGAGUUCUUGUGUAGCUUUAUUUGUAGUUCAUCGUGGCGUUGCGUCUGUGAGGUCAUCAGAGGUGGUCAUGUAGCUAAGAUCUUCAGAAGUAAAACUUUUCUGUAACGUAAAAGUAUCUCGCUUUCUGUUCAGGUUAAGAGUGUUGGGUACUUUAAACACAAUUCACGAUUCACAUUAACAUCAGUGAAACAUGAGCAGGCUCAAUUGUUUUUCUUUUUUAAUUUGAUGAACAUCUUUAGUGUUGUUUUGUUGUCCUGGCAUUGUGUCCCACAUUAUUCGUCAUGUUCAGACCGUCUCUGCAGUUUCACAGCGAUUUGUUUCAGACUGUUUUUUUAACGUUCGGCUCACAGCUGUCGACCAUCAGAGCCUGGACGAUCCUUCUACAAUAUGUUUAAUUUGUCUUCGCCCUUCAAGAGUCAGUCACAUUUUCACCUCUGUGUUUCCCCCUGCAGAGUCAUAGUUUCUGAAAGAUUCUGCCUGUAGACAAUAAAACAACUAACUUCAGAGUAUCUCUGAGGCACUCUGUGCUGUUUUGACCUUUUUGUUUUUUUGUUGCUGUUGUUUCUGUGCAACAUGUUUAACAACCAAAAACACGUUGCGGUUCAUUUGGGAGAGGAUGUGGAGGUUAACUUCAGUCAGAUAUAAUGAGGACACAGACGGUGUGGUGCAGACUCCUCUCAGAGGUGUCACAUUUUUCUAAGAUUUCUUAUAAAAACCAAAAACUUGCUAAACAAAAAGGAAGGAGAAAAAAAAUAAGUUGAGUUGACACAGUAAAAGACAGGCGAUCCAAAUGAGCCUAAUUCUGUCAGUGAAACAGAAACCGACAUUCCUGAGAAACAAGUCAACCCUCCCGAUGAAGGAUUUCUACUACUGCACAGGGAGUUCAACAUUAUUUACAGUAUGUACGGCUACUUGGGACAUUUUGCGACCCGAGUGAGUUUCAAAAUCUGAUACAUGGGUUGAUUUUAAACACAUGAGAAGGGUCGCAAAAUGUCCGCUGUAGAGUUCACUGUGGGAGGAUUGUGUAACCGCAUUGGAAAGAUGGAAGUUGGUGUCUUAUUUAGGUUUCAUCCGCCCUCCACUAUCACCUUUACACCUGGUGACAAGAAUGCAGUCGAAUUGAACCAGAGAAUGUAUGAUUUCCCCUGUAAUAUAGACCCCCGCCCUGCGCACGCGCACACACACACACACACACACACACACACACACACAUUGACAACUUUUGCAUAUACUCACAUUAAAGUUUUACAGAUAAACAGACUGUACAUUCUCAAAUUAAAUUAAAUUUUGAACAAAUUCACUUGAAAAAAAAAAGAACUGUUCUUUGUAGUGUUGUCAUGAUAUUAAUCUGCUGUCGAUAAAGGUCGUCACUUCCUGUUGAUGCCUAGAGGGACAGCUGCAACAGUGAAUCAUCAAGACAGAUUAAAGCAGAUCAGAAAACAGGAAGGCUUCAUAUUAGUGAUGCACAGAUUGCAGUGACGUCCACGAAUGUGUCCAGUUAUAAAAAUUUAACUCUCUGAUUAACAGCAGAUGGAUUGCAGGUUGGUGGAAUAAGAAAUACCUGCUAGAGUUUUUAAUUUACCAAAGAAAAAAAUCCUUAAAUGUGCAUUUAUUGAAUAUGUUAUGAUAUGGUCGUGCUUAGUGAUGACUUUGAGUUGCUUCAGAGAGACGCUGUGCACUUUUUGACACGAGGAGCAGCAGCGUAACUUCACUGCUCAUUUCAGAAGCUAAAAUUUCAGCUCUGUUUCCUCUGUAAAGUUUCUAACUGCAGUUUUUACUUUCGCCGCCUAAAUGUCCCACAAUAUUUGCUGCACAUGGAAAAAUCUAGUUACUCAAAGUAGUAAAAAAACUCAUACAUCAAUACGUUAUUUAAAAAGCGUACAGGGACCAGAGGGGAGCGGGGUGACAUGUCUCUGAACUGGAGACAAUAUUUGGACAACAUCAGAGCCGAUCUAUGCAUCACUAAUACAUUUUAGAGAUGGAUUAAAUAAUAAUGAUAAUAAUAAGUAAAGUCUCUGAUAAUGAAGGCAGUGGAUGUUUGAGAAUUUACAGUACACACACACACACACAUACACAAACACAGCCUUCUUAAUGGUUAGACAGGAGAGAACAGAAUAAAGAGAAGUCAGCUUCAAGCCCCAGUUUGCUGUCUGACUAAUUUCAAGUGGCUUAAUGCACUAAAUAUAUUUAUAAAAUUGCGUUCUGUGAGCCGAGCUGACAAACAGAGAAGUUUUAUUUUUUAUUUUUCUCUGAAACAAUAAGAGCGUCUCAUCACAUGCUAUUUCUUAAUACAUUCUUGAAUACUACAUUUUCAUUUCUGUUGCUGGAUAAAUCAAGAAUACCUUCUCCUUCUUCUAAAUAUCAAAAUUAAAGUCAGGUUUCGAGUCAAGUCAGUUUAUUCCAAUAGCACGACCAGCUGUUGACCAAAAUGCUUCACACUGUAAAAAAGACAAAGGAUAGAAAUUUACCAAUGACACAAAGAUAGAUAUUGAUGUACAUAAAACAUGUAGAAGGCCAGAGGAAAGAAGUGGGUUUUAACUUGGAUUUAAAACAGUCAAUGGUGGGGGCUGAUCCAACAACUCUACAACUCGAGCCCGGCAUCUGAAAAAGCACGGUCACCGUUACGCCUUGAACGACUGUCUGGGAUAGAAAGCAGCAGCUUAUCAGGCGACCUCAGUGGUCUGAGAAAACAGUGGGAUGUAAAAGCUCACUGAGAUAUGCUGGAGCCCGAUCAAAGCUAGAAAACAAAAAAUAAAAUCUUGUAGUCUAAAUUUUACCAGUCACCAGUGCAGUGACGUUAAAAUCUCAGUUAAAUGGCUCGAUUGUUUUGAUUCUGUUAGCAGACAUGUUUUGCACCAGUAGAAGUCUGUCUGACCGCGACAUAUUGUGCAUUGCAGUAAUCCACGUGAGAAGAAAGCAUGGGUUAUUGUCUUGAGAUCUCAAAAAAGAAAUCUGCUUCACCUUGCUUAGAACUUACAGAUGGCAGAAAGACAACUCCAGGGCAUUCAUUUGUCAACCAAAUUGAAGAUUAGGGUCAAAUUAAAUGCCAGAAUUUUUAACAUAGGUUGUCCAGGGUGAUGCGCUACAUUUUAAGCAACAUCUGGUGACCCAAAAAUUUAAAAUGUCACGUUAUUCUCAUUUAGUUUUAAGAAGCCAUCCGAUGCUGGAUAUUGUUUAGGUAGUCAAGCAGGUCUUCUGCUGUAAAAUCAAAAACUCACCAUGCUGAAAUAAAACUUUCGGCUCCCCUUACUCACAACAGAGAGCAGGAAGAAGGUGUUUAAGAGUUUAAAUCCCUGUAAUGAACUGAUAGAGUCCAAGUAAUAAAACGCCUGCAGACUGGGGCUGUAGAUAUGCGACGCUCUCCUGAGAAAGUUCUGGUUUCAGUGGAGCCGUGAUGAGUCAUGUUCGUGUACAGUACUCGAUAUUUGUUCAUCUGUGACCAUACUGUCCUGGGCCUCAGGAGUUACAUGGAGGGAGGGAGGGAGGGAGGGAGGGAGGGGGAGAUAAGAGUAUUAUAGUGUUUCUGUAUUAUAAUUCUGUAUGUUCUCAAGAGGAUUUGAAUAUUGUUAGUUUUUUGUAGCUUUUAUCACUAUGAAAAAAACAACAAGUUGAACCAAGUUUUUUUUUUGUUUGUUUGUUUGUUUGUUUGUUUAUAUGUUUUGUUCUCCCUUCUGUCACAUGAAGGUGAGAACAGAUGCCAUCUAUCAUCUCUGUAAUAUUAUGCUCUUUCUCUGUCUCUCCUUGUGUUGUGAAAGGCUUUUCUUGUGCUUGAUGAAGUUCAUGACAGGAAAUAAAAAUUGUUACAACUUGA